AUGAGUACGAAUGAGGCGCAUUCGGCCGUUGUGAACCUCAUGGCCACCGGCGUCAUCAAUGUCUUUUCGAACAGCGACGCCAACGAACGAUAUCUCGGCGUCGCAAUAGUCCUCCUGAUCGCAGAGGUACUCCCUGCGCAGUUCGCCCUUGUCAUGUUUGACGCCCUGUGCACGACUCGCUUCCUGAAUUUCCGCUUUGCGGCGCAAUGGAAGAUGGCGUUCAAUGAGGAAACACGCGUCCUCGCUUGGACUUUGCCGGAAGCGACCUUCCAGUUCUCUUUGUUGGGACACAACGACAAAGACUUUUGCGAUCUUCUCGCUGCCUUUACGACCGCUCUUUCCGCCGUCAGAGCUAACGAGCGCAGCUAUCAAGAGCGUUUGAAGCACUGUCUGGCCAACAUACCGUCUAACGUUCCCGCGAACGUCCCGCCCAACAUGCCCAUGAACGUCUCCGCCAACGUACCGUCUAACGUUCCCGCGAACGUCCCGUCCAACAUGCCCGUGAACGUCUCCGCCAGCAUACCCGCGAACGUUCCUUCUGUCAAUAUACCCGCCGACGUACUUGCGCACGCUGUCGCUACCGCAAUCCAGGAUAUAUCCGCUUACGUCCCUGGUGACGUCUCGCAAAUGGCGAACAGUGUCAUGAUGGGUAUGGAUAGGACAGAGUCGGCGGCGCAUUCGCAAUCUGUGCCCUUGAUGGGACCCAUAGCAUCGUCUUCCAGAGAAGAUCCCAUGGUCUUCGAGAUGCAGGCCAUGAACAUGUUCGCAGAUUAUGUCGGCCCCGCAGCGGAGAUGUAG